AUGGCGCCUCAGGCGCAGAACCAGGAGAUCCAGCGUGUUAUGGGGACGCUAUACAAGCUCCUCAACACCCAGUUGAAAGCGAUCCUCAAGAGUGAGAACCUGGGGGUCUCAGGCGUCAAGCAAACACUUCAGGCCAGGCUUAUAGGCCGUCUUAACUACUACGCCUAUGGCGAGUGGGCGAACCAGAGCCGGUUGAAUAGCCUCAUUGCACGGAUAUACGCAACCGCCCAGGGCCAGCCGUCACCUCCGCCAUUGACUCCAUUAUCACCCCAAUAUCCCCCGGUUCCUCAACCACAGUCUUCGCAUGCAUUGCCGCCAUUCCGGACAGCAGUCCCUCUCCCUCCUCCUCCGAGUCCGCUAGGUCGCUUGACCUUCAAGAAAAGCCCGUUUUAUACCAUUCUAGAAGCUUUGACUUCUGUAGUAGAGUGUCAAGUUCGGGAUUCCUCCAAAGAUACUGUUAACUUGCGGGUGAUUCUCAACUCUGAAACUGCUUCACGGCUUCUCUCAGAUCCAAACAUCCGGGUCAUGGUUUAUGGUGCUGCAGACAAUGGCCUUACGCAUUAUUCUCCAUGUGAUAUCGCCUUCCCACACCAAGUGGAACUCAAAGUCAACCUUGAUGAUGUCAAGGCAAACAUGCGUGGUCUAAAAAACAAGCCAGGUACAACCAGGCCGGUAGAUAUAACGAACUUCAUCAGGAAGAAAGCAGGUUUUUCGAACUCCGUCACGAUGACAUACGCUCUAACACAGAAGAAAUUCUUCAUUGUCGUCAACCUUGUGCAAAAACAUCCUGUGGAGGAAUUGGUUACCCAGCUUCAAGUCAGAAAAACAAUUUCCGCCGAGCAGGUGAUCAGAGAGAUGCAGGCCAGGGCACAGGACGCAGAUAUUGUAACAACAUCAGCCGUCAUGUCAUUAAAAUGCCCGCUCUCAACACUCCGGAUUUCAGUUCCAUGCCGCACCUCGCUAUGCACACACAACCAAUGCUUUGAUGCAACCUCGUUCCUCCAACUGCAAGAACAGGCACCGACGUGGAGUUGCCCCAUCUGCUAUAAAGCAACCAGCUUUGAAGCUUUACAGGUAGACCAGUAUGUUGAUAACAUAUUACGUGCAACACCUCAAUCGGUCGAUCAAGUGACUAUAGAACAGAACGGGGAAUGGUCAAACCCCAACGAUCCCCCUGAAGACUUGCCGGGUAGUAAUGGCAUUGAAAAUGGGGAUGAUUACGAUGACGAGUUGGACUUGGUCGAGGUAGACAGCUGUGGUGUACCAACCCUUAAGCGGGAAUUCGACUCUCAGGCCUCGGUAUACCGUACAACCCCAACUCCAUCCAGGGAAGCCUCCUCGGUAGCGUCAGCUCCACGACCUUCAACUGGUAAAAGAACCAUUAGCCAAGUCAUUGAUUUGACCGGCAGUGAUGAUGAGGAGGAGCCUCCUCGCCCUGCUAAGCGGCUCGCAUUUCACCUUUCAAAUGGAAAUCAUCAUCAACCGUUUGACCCGCUCAGACUUUCUGCGUCAACAUCCUCGAAUUCACCUGUUCCCGGCUCAUAUCACUACCACCGAUAG